AGAUUCGGUUUUAUUUUUAUCUCUUAACUGUAUCCAAUUCGCGUCGUUUUUACCACCAAUAAUCACUGACAAUGCAGGACCCAAAUGAAGACACCGAGUGGAAUGAUGUGCUGCGGGCCAAGGGAAUCAUUGGACCCAAGCAAAAGGAGGCCGAAAUCACAGAGGACCAGAUCCAAGCGCUGAUGGACGAAGCGAUACAGCGGCGCACAAAUCUGCCCCAUAGUGAGGGACAGCGCGACAAAAAGAUCAAUGACAUGUCGCUGGAUGAGCUAGAUGAGCUGGAAGACUCCGAAGACGAGGCUGUGCUGGAGCAGUACCGCCAGAAGCGCAUUGCGGAGAUGCGCGCCACAUCCGAGAAGGCCAGGUUUGGCAGCGUGCGUGAAAUCUCGGGGCAGGAUUAUAUCAGCGAGGUUACCAAGGCCGGCGAGGGCAUCUGGGUGGUGCUGCACCUGUACGCCAACGGCGUUCCGCUCUGCGCUCUCAUCCACCACCACAUGAAGCAGCUGGCCGUGCGGUUUCCGCACACAAAAUUCCUGCGCUCUGUUGCCACCACUUGCAUACCCAACUUCCCCGAAAAGAACCUGCCCACGAUAUUCAUCUACCACCAGGGCGCCAUGCGCAAGCAGUUUAUUGGCCCCUUGGAGCUGCGCGGAGAUAAGCUGACGGUUGAGGAGCUAGAGUUUAUGCUCGGUCAGGUGGGCGCCGUUUCCACGGAGAUAACCGAGGAUCCCAAACCGCAGAUCAGGGACAAAUUGCUGUGUGAAUUGGAGGACAAAAGCUCGGAGUUUUACUAAAGCUCACCCUCCCCACAUCCCCAUCCACAUCCAAUUAAAUCACCUUCAGAGAUGAUCUGUGUGCCCGUCUACUGAUAUUAUGUUGUAGCAUUUAUGUUUCGUUGCCGUCUUGUGCUUUUUCUUCACAAAUAAACCUUUACUUUUCUAUAGAAA